CGAGACGCGGGGCAUAGAGGAAGGAUAACAAAUGUGAGUGAAAGAAAGAAACAGAAAAAAGUCUGGUAAAGUGGGGCUCAGUAACAGAUGUCAGACCGCGGGACUGUGUCUGGGGAAGGCGCGUGAUGCCGGGGAGGAAGAAGACGCGGGCGCACAGCGCGAGCUGCUCUUUGGUUCCUUAAUCGUUUCACGGUCCCCACUGAGCCCCUUUUCCACCUAAAACGUUUAGUUUCAGCUCAGUGAACACUUGCAACAGCGCAACGGGGAGCGGAAGAGUCGAAUUAUUUCGAUCUACAACUCACCAAAUGCCGCUGUAGGAGAAAAAAAAAAACUGGAAACUUUUUUGUUCUUUUUUUUCUCUCCUUCAUUUCCCUGCCAACCCCACGAACCAGCAUGGAAUUAGAGCAUAAGCAACAGCCGUACAGGGGCGGAAGGUCAGGGCAUGGCGGGGUGAACCAGCUGGGCGGGGUGUUUGUGAACGGGCGCCCCCUGCCGGACGUAGUGAGACAGCGCAUCGUGGAGCUGGCGCACCAGGGCGUCAGGCCCUGCGACAUCUCCCGCCAGCUCCGCGUCAGCCACGGCUGCGUCAGCAAGAUCCUGGGCAGAUACUACGAGACGGGCAGCAUCAGGCCGGGAGUGAUCGGGGGAUCCAAACCAAAGGUUGCUACACCCAAAGUUGUCGACAAGAUCGCGGACUACAAACGCCAAAACCCCACCAUGUUUGCCUGGGAGAUCAGGGACCGGCUGCUGGCGGAGCGGGUGUGUGACAACGACAGUGUGCCCAGCGUCAGCUCCAUCAACAGGAUCAUUCGGACUAAAGUGCAGCAGCCUCCUCUACAGCCCAUCUCCACUCACAGUUUAGCUUCCACGGCAACAGUCACUCAGGUGUCCACGGUAACCAGUGACUCACCCGGCUCCUCCUACUCAAUCAGCGGCAUUCUGGGUAUCAGCUCAACCACAGAUGCCAGCAAGCGCAAGAGGGAGGAAGCUCUGCAGGAGUCCUCGCUGCUGAAUGGCCACGCCCACAUGGGGCGGGACUUCCUGAGGAAGCAGAUGAGGGGGGAGCUGUUCACGCCGCAGCAGUUAGAGGUACUGGACCGAGUGUUUGAGUGGCAGGCCCUCUCUGACCUCUUUCCCACCCCCGAUCCCAGCAGGCCCCAGCAGGCGACGGACUACUCAGCCAUGGUCUCUCUGGCGGGGGGGCUGGAGGAGAUGAAGGGCAGUCUGGUCACCCCUGGGGGGGCCGAGCUGGGGGCCGCUGUUCCUGGGCCACAGCCCUACCAGCUGGUGUCAGGUCGAGAUCUGGCCGGAACCACUCUGCCAGGGUACCCCCCUCACGUGCCCCCUACUGGCCAGGGCAGUUACUCCACCCCCACCUUGAGCAGCAUGGUACCCGGGGGGGACUUCUCCAGCAGCCCGUACUCCCACCCUCAGUACUCCUCCUACAAUGAGUCCUGGAGGUUCCCCAGCCCCGGCCUGCUGGGAUCUCCGUACUACUACAGCACGGCUACGCGGGGGGCAGGCUCAGCCAGCGCCGCCACCACCGCCUACGAUCGCCACUGACGCACGCCCGGAGGGGGGGGGGAUAGAGGGAGAGGAGGAGG